GAUAAGAACAAUUAAUUUAGUCUAUUUAUCAUUAAUUACUCCUUGAUUUUUGUAUUUUUUUUUAUUAUUUUUGGUUCAUCUGAUUGUUCUGGUCUUAACUCUGUAAAAUUGUUCUUCUUUUUUUUGUUCUUUUCUCUUCUAUUCUUGGUCCCUUUUUCUUUUUUCUCUAUCUCUCUUUCGCUCUUUUUUUCUUUCUCUUUCUCUCUUUCUGUCUUCUUCAUCAGUAUCAUCUGUUAUUAUAAUUGAUUCUCUGUCUCCCCUUAAACAUUUUUUCUCUUCAUCUUUUUUCUCUGUAACUCUGAAAACAUAUUCUUCUAAUCUUAUAUCUACCAUAGUUGUAACAUCUUGAUUACCCUGAUGACAACCGAAAGAGGACAAAAGGCCGAAGCUCGGCUACAGGAUAAUCCAUGGGAUACUGAAGCUUGGCAAAUUUUAAUCAAAGAAUAUGGAGCCAAAAAGCUGGAAGAAGCAAGGCCUUUCUAUGAAAGGCUGGUUACCCAAUUCCCUCUCACUGGUAGAUAUUGGAAACUAUACAUUGAUCAUGAAAUGAAAUCUAGAAACUAUGAUAGAGUGGAAAAAUUGUUUCAAAGAUGUCUAAUUAAAGUACUUCAUAUUGACCUGUGGAGAUGUUAUCUCAACUAUAUUAAAGAGACCAAAGCUCUUUCCACAUCUUUCCGUGAAAAAAUGGCUCAAGCUUAUGAUUUUGCUCUUGAAAAGAUUGGAAUUGAUAACCAUUCGUAUCCCAUUUGGAAUGAUUAUGUUUCUUUCUUGAAAAAUGUUGAAGCGGUUGGUAGUUAUGCAGAAAAUCAAAAGAUCACAGCAGUUCGCCGUGUCUAUCAACGAGGAGUAAUUAACCCAAUGAUGAGCGUUGAUCAAUUUUGGCGUGAUUAUAUUGCCUAUGAACAAGGUAUUAACCAAAUGAUUGCCGAGAAAAUGAUCGCUGAUAGAAGUAGAGACUAUAUGAAUGCCCGUCGAGUAGCAAAGGAAUAUGAAGCCACUACUCGAGGUUUAAAUCGUUCAGCUCCAGCCCUUCCACCUUCCUGUCGACCUGAAGAUUUAAAACAAGUUGAUCUUUGGCGGAAAUACAUUGCAUGGGAGAAAAAUAAUCCUCUUCGAAGUGAAGAUAUGGGUUUAGUAAUCAAGAGAGUUGUUUUUGCCUAUGAGACCUGUUUACUUUGUUUAGGUCAUUAUCCCGAUACUUGGUAUGAAUAUGCAGCCUACCUAGAAGAAAAUUCAAGAAUAAUGAAUGACAAGGGAGAUAUUAAUCAAUUUAAGCUUUUACAAGAUGAUUCAGCGGCGGUUUUUGAUAAAGCUUCAACAACUCUACUCAAGACAAGCAUGUUGAUUCAUUUUGCAUAUGCUGAUUUUGAAGAAGGUCGAAAUAAUAAAAGUAAAGCUGUUGACAUUUAUAACAGACUUUUAGAUGUAAAAGAAGAUAACUUUGAUCCUACCCUAGUCUAUAUUCAAUUUAUGAAAUUUUCCCGUCGAUCAGAAGGAAUCAAAGCCGCUCGAACGGUUUUUAAACGAGCCCGAGAAGAUACUCGAUGUGGUCAUCAAGUAUUUACCUGUGCCGCUCUCAUGGAAUAUUAUUGUUCAAAGGAUAAAAAUGUGGCCUGUAAAAUAUUCGAAUUGGGCCUUAAACGGUAUGGUAAUAAUGCCGAUUAUAUAUCAUCUUAUAUCGACUUUCUAGCAGCCCAGAAUGAAGAAAACAACGCGAGAGUCCUUUUCGAACGCGUUUUAACCUCACACACCUUGGAUCAAACUGAUUCGUUGAAAAUAUGGAACCGUUUUCUCUCCUUCGAGUCAAAUAUUGGUGACCUUUCAUCGGUAAUUAAGGUUGAAAAACGUCGAGCCCUAGUAAUCCAAGAGAUAACCAAAACGACCUCUGAAACGGCCUAUCUGGUUGAUAGAUAUAAAUUUGCAGAUCUGAUGCCUUGUUCAACACCCGAAUUAAAAUCAAUUGGUUAUACAUUUAAAUCAUCCCUACCUAAUGGACUAUCACAAUCAUUGGGUAACCUAUUAGGACCCGCAGCGGCUGCUGCAGCCUCGAUAAACACUAACAAUCCAACAUCAACCAAUGGUCAAUCCGCAAAUUCAUCAACAAUACCCACAAGCUCCGAGACAAGUUCAACUCAUCAAGUUAAUCCAGAUCUUAAUCAGAUGAUCCCCUACAAACCAGUCAUGACUUCCGUUCUAGUUCCUGGAUCACACGCUGUUCCCGGUGGCAUAUUCCCUCCACCCCCGGCCGUUGGACAUUUACUAGCUCAAUUACCUCAUCCCACCUCUUUCCAUGGCCCCUUCAUAAUGGUCGAUGAAUUGAUGAACCUUUUCCGAACCGCCGUUAAAAUUGAGAUUAACCUGGAUAAACCGAUCUACAAACCGGACACCAAUAAUCACCAUAAUCUUAAAUUGUUUGACACCGCUAUUAACGCUUCUAAAACAUUUAACUCAAUUGUGAACAAUCCAGAAAAAGGUGAACGAAGUGAAAGAGGAGGAGGUCGAGGUGGUGAGGGUCGUGGUGGCGAUUCUGGUAUGGGCGGUGGUGGACCUGGAGGAGUUAAAAGGCCCUACGGUGGUCCUGGUGGUGGGAACAGGGAGAGAGGUGGAGAUAUGAGUUUAGGUGGACAUGAUGACGAUGAAGAAGAUGCAGAAAAUGAUAACUCUAAUCCAGCUAAUCCACCAGCUUUUGAUAUUUACCGGACAAGACAAUUACAGAAAAGAGUCAAGUAAAAGUAUCUUGAUUGUGACCAAAAAAACCAACCAAACAAACAAACAAACAAUUAAGCUAAAUCACUUUGGAUACUAUGUUAUAAAUAUCUUUGUUUUUCUUCAUCAAUUAUUGAUUAUUGAUUUUCCAGCUCAAUUUCAUUUUUCAACCACAUCGGAACAAACAAAAACAAAUCAAUUCUGUUGAUGAUUUUGUUGUCUCUCUUUCAUCAUUUACAAACCACAAUUAACAUCAUUCAUAUAAUUAAUCAUCUUCAUCAACCUUUACAACCCUCACUGUUUGAUUAUCAUUAUCAUUACUCUCAUACCCAAUGGUUUCUAUCGUUGUGAUUAUUGUGUCUCAAACUUCAUCAUCAUCAAGGGAUAAAUCAUUUUAUUUUCUAGAUUAUUUUUGUCGCCACUUAAUCAACAACAAUUAACGACAAUUGAUGGUCACUCUCUCUCUCUCUCUCAUUUAAUCAAUGGUCUAUGAACGAUAAUCCAUUCUCAUCUUAUUCUGUUAAUACCUGAUGAUAAGCAAACAAAAAUUAAAGAAUAUUGUAAGAUAAUUAAAUCUAAUUAAGACCGUCCACUAAAUAAAAUAUUGUCCUUUUGAUUAGA